AUGUCUGCCUUCAUUCUUGCCGCUACUCUGUUAUCAGCUGUUAUGGCUUGUCCUCAGCAUGAUCUUUCUGACUCACUUAUGAAGAGAGCAGAAGGUUCAGAUUGGGCAUAUGAUGCUGCCUAUAACUGGGGAAUGAUUAACGAGAAUUACACCACUUGCCAAACCGGUUCUCAACAAUCUCCUAUCCACUUGGAGACCGCAACUGGCUUUUCCAAGACCCACGUUCCAACUUUCAAGUAUCCCACCGCCACCCAAGGUUCUCUAUACAACUGGGGAUAUGGCGCCGCCUUCUCCCUCACUGCCAACACCACCAAUCUCAGCGGCAACCCAUCCAUGACCUUUGACCAGGAAACCGUGUAUCUUAAAGGAUGGCACAUUCACGCACCUGCCGAUCACACCAUCGAUUCCACGCGCUCCAAAGCCGAGCUUCAUUUUGUGCACGCAACAGCCACGGGCAAAGAACGAGCCGUCGUCGCUUUCAUGAUCGAUCCCGUCCCUUAUGGUACCACUGGCAACUCUACAUUCUUCAAUUCUUUCCCCCUCGCAUCCGUCCCGCCUUUCCGUGAUCAGACUACCAGAAUCCCAUUGAGUAUCAAUCUCCAGCAAGCACUCACGGAAAUCGACAACGCUAAGGACUUCUGGACUUAUGAGGGAAGUCUUACUUCUCCACCAUGUACCGAGGGUUUGAGAUGGUUCGUCGCAGGCAAGAAGAUGACGGUUGGCACUGAGCAAAUGAAACAAUUGUUGGCUAUUAGCACAUAUAGUGCGCGCGAAGAGCAAAAGCUCUGGGGACACAACAUCAACAAAUAG